AAUUAAGAGAGGCGAUUCUACCAUUAACUUAGAGCGUUUCCCGUCAGUGCAGUUUCCCGGAUAAAAGGUCAACAAAGAGUCAGCGAUCACAUGGAUCCGUCAAUAAAACUGGAGAAUUAAUUGGCAGUAACGUAAGAAAUUCUAAUACGUAAAAUGUGCGUGGUGUGCGUGUCUGGGUCCAGUUCAGAGUGAGUUAAAGAUUCUGUAUUAUGUUCCAAAUUGCAUUCUAUGGACAAAAGUCACGGAAGGUAGGUGGGAAAUGAUUGUUAUUAGCAGGGAUAUCGUUUUUAAUACAACUGUGGUCAAAAUGAACAAAGACUAGUUUGUCCCGGUUGUCAAAUUUGAAAUUGACGUCCCUCACCGCAUUUAAUGUUGACGACUUCUCACAGCAGGAAGAUUUUAACUUAACGAUUCAUAAAUAUGCAACAGGAAAUGAGUUUGUUUAUGUACAAUGUAGUAAAAUAUAUAUAAACAACUUGAAGCUGAUCGCAUUUACGGAUAGUUAAACUCAAGGCCACAUGGUGAUACUUAUCUGAGGAAUAUAUUAGAUCAUGGAUUAAGAAGCCGUCGAUUCUAAUUAGUACUGCAGGUGCUGAGAUCAUGCCUUAUAGAACUUUGAAGACCGACUUUAUAUUCUUUCCGGAAUCUUAGAAAGAUAAUGUUUUUUCGUUGGUUUUUUCAAUGGACAAGGAAAGUAUUAAAUCGGUCUUAUGGGCAUCAUUUCUUAUAUGGAUUUGUUCCGCAGAAGAUGGAGAGUUCUUACGAAAGGAAUUGGAGCGGAAAGGAAUGACAAAUAUUAAGUACACAAAACUUUGGCAUGACGGUAAUUUAAUUAGGUCAAAACGAGUAGCAGGAUCUAACCUCUUGACAGAUUCAAUGAAAGUUAUGUUCGAGUAUUCCGGGGAGAAAUUUAGUCUGGAACUCACUAAACCUGAAAAUAUUCUCCAUCCGUCUGCUGAAAUUGUAACACUGACCAACUCAUCGACUCUACGGUGGAAAGACGCUCACCCAGACUGCUUUCUUACUGGAACUGUGACGUCACAUCAUGGCAUUGCCUCUUUGUCCAUCUGUGAUAAAAUAUUUGGAAUCAUCAGCACUCCAGAGUAUAAGUUACAUAUGCAGUCCUUGCCUGUAUCAACUAGUAAGCGAUACACCCCUAUAAUUAUUGCUCAACACGAAGACAAAGUUUCGUGUUCCAACUCCGCAACUGAAAAUUUGACUGAACAUAAUGGUAGAAGCAGACGUUCGGUACCAUCACAUAACAUAACGAUAGAGUUGGCGGUUUACACAGACGCUGCCUACACCCAGACCAUGCUGGUCACAGACUUUACAGAACGAUUACAGCAUAUAUUGAUGAAAUAUCAUGCUGUUCAAAUGGAAUGGUCUAGAUCUGGUAUGCUUGGAUACAACACCAAACUAGUACUGAAGAAAGUUCAUUUUUAUGACACAGAUCCAGCUUCUUUCGAUCCAUCAACGACAUUGCUGGGGGAUGUCUUGUCCAAAUUUUGUGCUGCUACAACAAAUGAUGGUCAGUUUGACAUACGAUAUAUGCAUGUGGGAUUACAAAAUCUGGAUGUUUUGGGUCGAGCUUACCAGAAUGGCGUCUGUGACCAGCAGUAUAACUGUGGAGUGGACACAGCCACAGGAGCAGCCAGCUUUGCGGCCACGGCACACGAGAUCGGACAUCUCAUGGGUAUGUUACAUGACUCGGAUCGCGGAUGUUCCGGAAGUGACAUCGGUGUAAUGGGUGGGUACGGAACAGGUUGGAGCAGCUGUAGUAAGAAAGACAUGGAUACACUAUUGCAGUCAGGAAGUAAAACCUGUUUGUGGGAAGAAAAUAUCCCUUCCAAAGACGUCCCAGCGAAUAUAGCAGACAUCACUCUCAAUCCCAUAAUUCCAGGGCAGAUGUAUUCACCAGAUCAGAUCUGUGAGCUAAAAUAUGGCAGUGGAUUUCGUUUUAGAAAAUAUCCAAAACUUGGCGUUUGUGUUCAAUAUACUUGUGCCAAUCAUGAUUAUCAGCAAAGUAACUAUGGUCAGAUGUUCAAAGAAACUACAUCUAUCUAUGGCAUGUACUGUGAUACAAAUAAAAUCUGCUUUAAAAUGGACUGUGUUGAUGCCUCAACUGCGAAACUGAGCAGCCUGGUAGAGCGUCAGGGAGGGUGGAGUCAGUGGGGGGCCUGGACAGGGUGCAGCAGAACUUGUGGGCGGGGCGUCAACUACAGAAGACGAAAGUGCGACAACCCAGCGCCCAUCAACUUUGAAGGCUGUCCAGGAGAUGAAUAUGAAGCUGAAGCUUGUAACAAAGAGCCCUGUCCCAAUGACAGUACUGACCAGACCACUCUGAGGAACCAGCGCGCUGGAGAGACGUGUAAAAGAUUGAGAGACAACAAUGUCAUCAAACCCGAUCAGUACUUGGAGACGGGGUCAAGGUACUCUGAUACAGCUGAUGGUCAAUGUGAAGUGACCUGUGACCCCGCCCCUGGUCACACGAUUCCCUCGUUUACUAGAUUUGGGUUUAUGCCAGACGGAGUGGCCUGUGUUGGGGGAUCUAGCGCCUGGGAUUUAAACAACUGGCCACGACAGUCUGGAUCCUACUACAUGUGUCUGGAUGGUUUGUGUCAGAGAUUUGGUUGUGAUGACCGCUUUAAUGGAGAAGUUUUUGAUGAAUGUGGUAAAUGUGGGGGAGAUAACUCUAGCUGUGCAGUAGUGUCCAAAAUAGACAAUCAGCAACAAAACAAAGGAGAACGUCGUACAUUAGCCUUUCUACCCGAGGGCGCUUUCAAUAUCCAGUUUUGGUUUACUUAUGCGGAUAUGAAAAAGAACUUUUUAGAGGUAUACGACAAAACUGGAAAUGUAAUUCUUGCCAGUAUGAUAGCCAGCUCAUGGAAAUUUGACACUAGAACGGAGCCAAUUUUGUUUGCGGGAACUGAGUGGUAUUAUUUCUUCUUUGAUCAGUUUCUCCACGCUAAAGGACCACUUAAUGAGUCUUGUGAAAUCAAGCUAUUUCAGAACGAGGCUAAUGGCAAUGUUGGUGUUAACUUUAUGUAUUCGGAAUCAAAACCAGUGUCCUUCGAUUGUGACUUUGAAGUGGACACCUGUGGGCUAAGUUUGACUACUUUUAUUCGUGAUACAUACACUACUUCUGCAAUAUUGGAUCCACCACCCAGAAAUGACUUCGGAGACUAUUUUAUUUAUAUGGCCAGCCAAGCAGCUGACAAGGAAGGAACAAUUUUGACCAGCAAUAUUGCAGGAACGAGUCAUACACAAUGUUUGGCGUUCAAUUAUCAUAGCACUGAUGUAAACUCGAAUAUCACGGUUUCUUGGGAAAAGAAAGGUGGUGGUUCUAUACGGGAGAUUACAAAUCCACAGCUUAACAUCUUUAUGUGCGAAGCAUUCACCAUAUCGACCUUAGAAACAGAUCGGAUUUUAAUAAAGGGAAUGACCAAAGUGGACAAUAAAGGUGCCAUUAUUAUGGAUAAUUUAAAGCUUUUUCCCAACUCCGGAGCAUUUUGCAACUCUCAGGAUGCCUGCACAAGAGAUGUGUAUCUCACAACCUUAAAACCCGAGGAUACCACAUCCGGUUCAGCUUCCACCACAGAGUCACCAGAGGACACUUCCGGCAAACUAAAAACGAUCUGGCUGAUUGUGGGCAUCACUGUUGGGUGUCUAUUUGUGGUAAUGUUGGUUGUUGUAUUUGCAUGCUGUUAUUUCGGUUUUUGGUAUAAGCAAAAAGGAACAUUGGGAACCGAUUACAAGGUAACUGGGCAUUUUAAUGGUUUCCCCAAACAACAGAAGAAUAGUCACGUGACUGAUGACAAGGACAACAUCAGAGUUUAUAUCGAGGCUCAUCCUGAUUAUGACGUGGAAAAUCAACCUGACUAUGAUUAAUAUUGAUUUAGUUUAUAAUAAAGGAUCUUGCAGUUGUUUUACUCCUGACAUUUAAUGGAGCAUUAUACACUUGUUUGUUUGUUUGUUUGUUUGUUUGUUUUUUCAUGUUUUUUUAAAUAUACAUUUUCUAGUUGUUAUAUUUGUUAACACUCGUUUGUAUUAGUGUGAAAGUAAUCAGCUUUAAAUAUUUUUACUAUUCCUCUAUACAAAAGUAGUGGAAAUAAUGGUAUUAUCGAUGUAAAUGCAUCUUGUUGGCAACAUAUCAAAUGCUGAUAUAUAAUGUACAUGUAUCAUAAGUGUUUUAUCUCAACACUUCAGAUAACUUAAGUUCAAUUAGAUGGAUGCAUUGUAGCUUUAUUUUUUUAAAAAAGGUUUAAUUGUAUAAUGUGUAUAUAAAUAUGCACUUUUAUUUCGAAAUAGCUUCAAAAUCCCCGUGUUUCUGGAUUGAGAGUAGAAGGUGCUAUGAACGAACCAGUACAUCAACAUUUUAAAAAAGAUAUCAAUGUUGUAUUAAUUGGUCACGCUCACUACCACUGUCACAUCUGAAUAUCUUUCAGCUGAUCAGCUAACGAAGGUCGCAGGGUUGCAGACCUUUUAAAAUUGCCCCAAAACAUAACAUAAAAAUUAGUUAUUUGUAUCCCCUUCUAUUGUUUAGCAUUUUCUGAAAAAUGUUUUGAAAUUUGUUGGGCAUUGUUUAUGUGUAAUUAAAUCCCAACCAUGCCAUGCAUUGUUGUUGUAAUAUUUUCGACGUUAUUCUAUUGAAUUCUAUUAGAAAAAAAAGUUGUUUUUGAUUCGUUUUCAGGCAAGAUUUUGUUUCAAAAAAAUGUCAAUAACUUUUAAAUGGUGCAGACAAAAUGAAUGAUUACAUUGUGAUCAAAAUACUUUGAAUUAAAAAUUGUUUUAAGUUUUA